ACGAAACUUACCGCACUUGCACUGUCGGACCUUUAACGUCGUGACACAGAACGGAAGUAAACAACAGUAGCGCCAAACAUCUCAUGGAUCGAUGGAAGAUCUUUAGUCCGAGUUUAAGCUGAACGUUAACGCGUUGAAUUAGCUGGAAAAAUCAGUUGUUGUAGUGACGUUAAUGGUUUUAUUCACAAUUAAACAAAAUGGCUUCAGUUGAGUAUUUGAGAGGGUUCGUCAACGAGCGACUGACUGCUGCUGCUGAAGAAAUAUUCGGAGUUUUUCAAAAAACUAUCAUCGAGUACGAAGAAAAGAUCAACCAUCAGCGGAAACUUUUGGAUGUUGUUUGGGAACCCAAAAUAAAUUUACAAAAUACAGAGCUACUACAGCAGCAAAUCUUUAAGGAGGAGGAGGAGGUGGAGGUGGAGGAGGGGAAGGUUCUGGCUGACCAGCAGCUAUGUAUUCAGGAGAGGACCUCCAGUCUGGACCCACAGGACCUAGAGCCUCCACAGAUUAAAGAGGAGCAAGAGGAGCUGUGCACCAGUCAGGAGGGAGAGCAGCUGGAGGUGAAGCAGGAGACUGACUCCUUUCUGUUUGCUCCUUACGAGGAGAGUGACCACAGCGGAGAUCAGAUUCUGAGCUUCGGUACUUAUGGUGCUGAGAUUGUGGUGGAGGAAAACCCUUUGAGCGAUAUUUCAUAUAUGAACUCUGUGGUAUUAGAAGCAAACACUGACCACCAGCUCCUCUCUCACAACCUCCAAGAAGCUGAGAGCCAAGAUCAGAAAGGAGGAUGGCACGGAGACUCUGGAUCAGCUAGAAAUGCCGUGCCGAAAUGUAAAAAAAGACUUCACAAAAGCAGACGUCACACUAACAAUGUCAACAACCCAAAGAGAGAUUCAGAGAUUCCCGGUAAUACUCAAACAAGUAAAAGGCCUUUCAAAUGUGACACGUGUGGAAAAGAUUUUAAGUUUAAGUCGUUUUUUGUGAGGCACCAGAGUGUCCACACAGUUCAAAAUCGGUGCAUUUGUAAUGUCUGCGGGAGAAAAUUAUACGACACAUCAGCAUUGAAAAAGCAUAUAAGAAUCCACACAGGCGAGAAGCCGUAUAACUGUAAAGUAUGUGGGAGAGAUUUCAGAUAUAGUGGCGGCUUGGAAGUCCAUAUGAGAAUCCACAGAGAUGAAAAGCCAUUUGUUUGCAAUACAUGCGGGAAAUGUUUCAGAUGUCUUAGUGUCCUGAAUGCCCACUUGAAAAUCCACACAGGUGAGAAGCCGUACGUUUGCAAGACCUGCAACAAAGGAUUUUCUGAAAUGUCAGCACUGAAAAGGCAUAUGAGAAGCCACACAGGGGAGAAGCCUUAUAGUUGUAAAAUAUGCGGGAGUGAUUUCAGAUACAGCAGUGGCUUUCAAGCACACAUGAAAAGAGCCCACACAGGUGAGCUCAAUAUGCUCUGAUGCAUCUCAUUUAGCAAAAAAAAUACAAGAUUAUAUUAGGGUUGUCACGAUACUAACAUUUUCAACUCGAUACCGAUACUCAGGAAAAUAUUCGAUACUCGAUACCAUUUUUGAUACCACAAGGAUAAAAACAAAGACCCCCAAAUUUAACAGAAAUAUUUUUAUUAGCAAAAAAAAUGCAACAUGUAAAAAUGAACAGAACCACAGGUUAAAUAUUUAUAAUAAAAAACAGUUGUGCGAAAAGAAACUGCAACUAUGAUAACAAGCUUCAGAUACUCGAUACUUUUUAAAAUGAGUAUUGUAUCCGGAUACAACGUUUUAGUAUCGAUACUUUUUUGAGUAUCGAUACUUUUGACAACCCUUGAUUAUAUACAGGAAAGGAGGAGCCUCGUAUUUGUUAAUAUGUGGGAGAUGAUUACUUUCUAGUUUUAUGGUCAAAACACUCAACAAUAACUACAACACUUACAAAAACUUUUACUUGUAUUAAAUUUGUGAUAAAAACACCUUGAGGAUCAAUAAAUUAGAAAAACCAUGAAGCUGAAAGUCUCAGAAACAUGUUGUAAUUAAAGAUGAGAUCUCGACAUUUUAAAGUUUUUCUUCAUACGACUAGUACUUUAUAUUUCUGUGAGCAACCCGUAUUCUUUUAAACUCGUAUUCUCAAGAAAGAGUGUUGUCCAAUGUUACUGAAGUGAUGGUGUGAUCUUGAUGGUUGUUGCUUUUGCCAAAUGUCGAUUUAUGAAACAUCUUAAUCACUUUUAGUUUAAACUACCUCAAAUUGUGUUUGAUAGUUCCAUGUGAAGCCUCCUGCACAUCUUUGCACAGAGUCAGAUUUGACAUUUGAAAACAACUGACGUCACUGUUUUAUAUUACCAUGUAAGAAAUCCUAUUAGAUGUCAAUGUGCCUUCCUUUUAAUAUUUUGUUACACUACCUCAUGUAAAUGUCUUUUUUUCCCCAAAUGAUUAUUGAUUAUCAUGUUAUUUUCCUGUUACUGCCAGUUUGAUUUGAAGACUAAAUGCCAAAAAUGUUCAUGUCAUGUAACACAGUCCAUGUAACACUUAGUUUCAUUAAAAGGCAGUUGUGACUAAUUGUGAAUUUGCUGCUCUUUUCCUUCUCAU